CGCAGUCAGUCGGCCGCGCAGCUCGGUGCGCGACGUCCGUUCGCGGAGGGCUCCGCGCGUCCCUCCUGCCCGAUCCCAGGCCUCCCCACGAGUGCGAGCGAGACAGCGCACCGCGCGAAAGAGCGAGAGCCGCGAGAAAGAGACUGCGCUAUGGCAGUGUCGCAACCUCGCCCACCUGACCGUGUUGACGCCGCGCUCGAAAAAGUUGCGCCGCUGCGCUAUUUGAAGGCGCACGAAUGUCGCGCGGAGCGUGCCGUGACGCGUUAUUAUCACAAUUCCUUGUCUAACAACAGUUUUCUGAGUUACAAAAGACGUUUUGAUCACGUUCACGAAGAUUUCAACGCAUUAUCACCACUUAUUCAACGGUGAAAGUGUGAUGGGCCCUUGCUGAUCUACCAUGAUGAAGCGAACGGCCGUGCCGCGGCUCGGGCCUGAUGAGCCCUCGCCGCUGCCAACCCAGUCGCCAGCUCAGAUUCAACAAGCUGGUGCGAGCAACAUGCAUACACUUGCACAAUCUACUUCUAUAGCCCAACCCCAGCUGCUUGACACGCUGCGCACAGGCGCUACAGCCAUGCUCUCAGUUAGCAGCGUGGGCGGCGUGGGCAACGUGGGCGUGGGCUCCGCGUUUGGGCGGGCGGGGCCCCGGGGCGCGGGCCCCGCGGUCAUCAACUACUUGAAGGCGGGGGCGGUGCAGUACGCCGCCGCUAAACCGCCGCAGCCGCAGGUGCCGCCUAGGCUCAAGCUCUUCGAACACCAGCCGCACCAGCCCCACCAGACGCAUCAGCCCCACCAGCCGAUGCCGGGCCGGGUGUCGCCGAACCCCGCCCAGCCCGGUGCCCAAUUCCAACGGCUUAAGGUCGAAGAUGCCCUGUCGUAUCUGGACCAGGUCAAAUACAAGUUUAAUACGCAGCCCCAGGUGUACAACGACUUUCUGGAUAUCAUGAAGGAGUUUAAGAGUCAGACUAUCGACACCCCAGGCGUCAUCACUCGAGUGUCGAAUCUCUUCAAGGGCCACCCCGAGUUAAUUGUGGGAUUCAACACGUUUCUGCCACCCGGAUACAAGAUCGAAGUUCAGAGCAAUGGACAGGUGUCAGUUUCCAUGCCGUCUCCUACCGGUAUGGGCGGCGGCAUGGUGCUGGGCGUGCACCACACGCCUCCGCAGCCGCAUCUGGUGCAACUGCUGCCGGUGCAGCCCGCCUCGCCGCCGCUGCUGUCUGUGCCUCAAUCGGUGAACAGCGCAAUAGUCCACAACUUGUCUGUGACUCCUGGGAACACGCUGCAUCACAUUUCCCAGGCACAUCAGCAGAUUGAGGCUGCGUCCAUUCACCAUACUCCUGGUACUGUAGCGCCACCGGCUGGCAGCGGUGGACAUCCGGCCUCUGCUCCGCCAGGGCAGCCUGUGGAGUUCAAUCAUGCUAUUGAAUACGUCAAUAAGAUUAAGUCGCGCUUCUCUCGGCAACCGGACAAGUACAAGCGGUUUUUGGAGAUACUCCAUGCUUACCAGAGGGGUCAUCGUGAUGUUAAAGAACCACAGGCUAAACAGCAGACGGAACAAGAGGUGUAUUCUCAGGUGGCAAAACUAUUCGAGAACCAAGACGACCUGUUGGCUGAAUUCGGGCAGUUCUUACCUGACGCCAAGGCGGUCACCAAACCGCACUAUGCCCACGCUCGGUCGCCGCCGCCUCCACAGCAACGCGUGGACAGCGAGCCGGAGCGCGAGCGCGAGCGCGAACGUUUCUGCGUGUCGCCGCCGCACGCGCACGCGCCGCACGCCGCGCCGCAUGCCGCGCCGCACGCCGCGCCGCACCAUCAUCCGCAGGUGAGCAAGCACCCGGCGCCGGCCGCCGCGCCGCCGCAACACCUCAAGAGGUCACCCAGCUUCACCUCGUCCACGCAGAUGGCUGUAGGCGCGCCCCCAGCCAAGAAAUCCCGCGUGUCCGGCCUAAGCGGCGCGGGCGUGCGUGACGUCACGUACGCGGAAGCAGCGAAAUACGGGACGCACCACGAGUAUAGCUUCUUCGACAAAGCUAGGAAGGCGCUGCGCUCGCAGCACGUCUAUGACAACUUUUUGAGAUGCCUGCUCCUCUUCACCAACGAGAUCAUCUCAUCGUCGGAACUGCUCUGCGUGACGGGUCCGUUCCUGUGCCGACACCCUGAACUCCAGAAAUGGUUACAAGACUUCGUGGCACCCGCCUCGCCGCCUCACACGCCGCCUGCCAUGAUGCAUACAGGCUACAACAACACCAGCUACCCAAACACCAACAGCCUGCUGAGCUACGACCGCGAACGCGACCGCACCGACCGCAACGAUCGCGGCGACCGCAGCGACCGCGACAACCGGGACAAGUGCGUCCGCUACGAGCCCGUGGGACACUUGGGGGCGCAGCUGAGGCACGACAGACCUCAGGGCGACGCCGCUAUGGAUAUUGAUCUGUCGACGUGCAAGCGUUUGGGCACGUCAUACUGUGCGUUGCCGCGGGACGCCGCCGCGCGCCGUUGUUCUGGCCGCACGGCGCUGUGCAAAGAGGUAUUGAAUGAUACCUGGGUGUCGUUCCCGACUUGGAGCGAGGACUCGACGUUCGUGACGUCACGCAAGACGCAAUACGAGGAGUACAUUUACCGCUGCGAGGACGAGCGGUUUGAGCUGGACGUGGUAAUCGAAACCAACGCAGCCACCAUUCGCGUAUUAGAAGGCGUUCAGAAGAAGCUCGCUCGGAUGAGCGCAGACGACGCGGCCAGACACCGUCUGGACGACUGCCUCGGUGGACACUCGCCCACCAUCCACCAGAGGGCGUUACGGCGCAUAUACGGCGAUAAGGCGGUGGAUAUCAUAGCGGGGCUGAAGAAGAACCCUGUGGUAGCUGUGCCGGUGGUGCUUAGGCGGCUGAAGGCUAAGGAGGAGGAAUGGAGGGAGGCUCAGAAGGGCUUCAACAAGCAAUGGCGCGAGCAAAACGAGAAAUACUACCUGAAGUCGCUCGACCAUCAAGGCAUCAACUUCAAGCAGAACGACCUCAAAGCGAUGCGCUCUAAGACGCUAUUCAACGAGCUAGAGAGCGCUUACGCCGCGCGUCGUCCGGGCCCACAUCUAAGUUUGGAUUAUGCUGUGCGAGGAAGACAUGAGGCAAUAAAAAUCCUCCGAGACUGUACGGAGUUACUCAUACACCACGCCAGAAGGCAGACGGCGAUUCAGAAGGCAGAGAAGAGAAGAAUCAAGCAGUUGUUACGACAGUUCUUGCCGGAUCUGUUCGCGCAUCCUAGACAGCCGUUGAGCGACGAUGAAAGGGAUGAGGAGGAAAAAAUCGACCCGCCAAGCCCGGGCAGUCCCGCUGAGCCUGCCGACGAAAAAACCAACAACGGGUCGAAUGUCAAGCAAGAGAAGCAAGAGUCAUCAGAAUCGGAUGCCGCAUCAGACAAGAGCAGCAGAAACAACAAGAAUGACAAAGAAAACAAACCUAAGAACAACAACAAUACAGACAGUAAAGAGCCAGUGAGUGCAACAAACAGCGUGAAACGGAGCAGCAGCAACGAAGACACGUCCAUAAAGAACGAUAUCAAGCAGGAAAGCGAUCUGGACUACAGAGAUCACCCGCCAAAUGAGGCGCGCUUCGUCUGCACAUCAUCAUGGUACCUAUUCCUGCGGCUCCACGCAGCAGUGUGCCAGCGACUGGCCGGAGCCCUACGGACUGCCUCGGCCUUGGCGGACGCAGAGCGCCGCGCCGCCAGGCACCCUAGUGUGGCUACGGCGUUGCGGCUCAAGCCUAACAACCUACCAGCGGACGUGACCUCCCCAGCGGACUAUUACAACGCACUCCUGGAGCUGGUCAAAGGAGUGUUAGAUGGCAAUACCGAGCCGGCGGCCUACGAAGACGCCGCAAGGGAAAUGUUGGGCAUCAAAGCCUAUCCUGCGUAUACGCUGGAUAAGCUGGUGUCUAUCGCUGUUAGGCAGCUGCAGCACUGUGUGUCGGAGCCGUGGUCAGUGCGCGCCGCUGAGCUGUGCGCCCGGGACGGCAUGCGCGGGCCGCUGGGCUACGUGCGCCGAGCUGCCAGAUAUCUGCGACACGACCACAACGCGUUCCUUGUUAAAGUCUACGGCGGCGACGAGUGCCGAGUGACGUUCGAGCUGCUAGAAGCGCCGGGCGAGGGCCGCCGAUCGCCGUCACAACACAAUAACGACGCCAGCCGACUUUCGCCUACCAACCAGCGUCGAGCGACGGCGGCUGGCAACACUGGUGUCGCUCGAGCGUGCGCCUGGUCGCUAUACGCGGAGAGAUUCGCACGAGCCGACGCGCCGCCCGCUCGCACGAACAAACCAGUGUUUCUAGUGCGAAACGCGCGGAAAUGCGGCGGCUACGUUCUAAACGUGGCACCAGGCAGUGCACCGCCUCACUCGCACCACCAGCGCCGGAAGCCGCCGCGUCUUCACGACCAUUCGGAAUGCCAGCUGAGCAGCGACUUGAGGCUGCUAUCCUUCCGGCCGCUAAGGCUCUACCGGCCCGGCGCGCUGGCCGGUGCACGCGCCACGCACGCGGCCUUGCACGACGCGCGCCGACGCAAGCUCGCGCUGUGGCCGAGCGUGCACGUGCGCUGACUUGCAUCUCAAACACGCUGGUGUUAUAAACGCGGUACAUACUAUACACCACUAAAUUUUUAUCACCGAAAAAAUUUUAACAGGUUAUGUAGAAACGUGUGGAAUAUUCAAAGCAAAAG